AUGGAGAAAGACGAGUUUGUCUUGCCCGAGCUCAAGAUUUAUAGCCCGAGCUCAAGAUUUAUAGCUGGUGUAGUAGCUGGAAAAAGCAAAAUUUGUUGGGUUUCUACUCUCUCCGACAUGAAUCUUUCAACAUCUGGAUUUGGUCACCAGAGUCAUGAAGGGGAAAAGAAAUGUUUAAAUUCCGAGCUAUGGCAUGCUUGUGCUGGACCACUGGUCUCUCUUCCUUCAUCUGGAAGCCGUGUUGUCUACUUUCCUCAAGGUCACAGCGAACAGGUUGCUGCCACCACUAAUAAGGAAGUUGAGGGUCACAUACCCAAUUACCCAAGCCUACCUCCACAACUAAUAUGUCAGCUCCAUAAUGUUACAAUGCAUUCAGACAUGGAGACGGAUGAGGUAUAUGCUCAAAUGGUACUUCAGCCAUUGACACAGGAGGAGCAGAAGGAUACGUUUGUACCGAUUGAAUUGGGAAUCCCGAGCAAGCAACCUAGCAAUUACUUCUGCAAAACGCUGACGGCUAGUGAUACCAGUACACAUGGAGGGUUUUCUGUUCCUAGACGGGCUGCUGAGAAAGUUUUUCCUCCCUUGGAUUACUCGCAGCAGCCACCAGCCCAAGAAUUGAUUGCAAGGGAUCUCCAUGAUACUGAAUGGAAGUUCAGGCAUAUCUUUCGGGGACAGCCCAAACGGCAUCUGCUUACUACUGGGUGGAGCGUCUUUGUCAGUGCCAAACGACUUGUAACUGGAGAUUCUGUCAUUUUCAUCAGGAACGAAAGAAACCAACUCCUUUUGGGGAUUCGUCAUGCUACUAGACCACAGACUAUUGUACCAUCAUCUAUGUUGUCUAGUGAUAGCAUGCAUAUUGGACUCCUCGCUGCUGCUGCACAUGCUGCUGCGACUAAUAGCUGUUUUACAGUUUUUUAUCAUCCAAGGUCUAGCUCAUCUGAGUUUGUGCUACCACUUCCCAAGUACAUUAAAGCGGUUUUUCACACUCGUAUUUCAGUCGGAAUGCGCUUUCGUAUGCUCUUUGAGACAGAAGAGUCAAGUGUUCGAAGGUACAUGGGUACGAUAACUGGCAUCGGUGAUCUGGAUUCUGUUCGUUGGCCAAACUCUCAUUGGCGGUCUGUGAAGGUUGGUUGGGAUGAAUCAACCGCUGGGGAGAGACAGGCAAGGGCUUCUUUAUGGGAGAUUGAGCCUCUUACCACCUUUCCCAUGUAUCCAUCACUGUUUCCUCUUAGGCUAAAGCGUCCUUGGCAUCCGGGCGCAUCAUCAUUGCACGAUAGCAGAGGUGACAUAGCAAGUGGCCUAACGUGGCUUAGGGGUGGAGCUGGAGAGAAUGGCUUGCUUCCCAUAAAUUAUCCAUCUGCUAGUUUGUUCCCAUGGAUGCAACAGAGGCUGGAUCUCAGUUUACUAGGCACUGAUCAGAAUCAGCAGUACCAAGCAAUGUUGGCAGCUGGUUUUCAGAACGUUGGAGGUGGAGAUCCUCUGAGACAGCAGUUUGUUCAGCUCCAAGAGCCAAACCACCAAUAUCUUCAGCAAUCUGCUGCCGUCAACAAUUCUGAUUUGCUGCUUCAGCAACAUCACCAAGCAUCAUCACAGCAGCAACUUCCACGCCAUCUUCUGCAAGCGCAAACCCAAAUCCUGACUGAGAAUCUUCCUCAGCAGAAUGUGCGACAAGAAGUUAGUAACCAAUUAGGUGGGCAGCCACAGCAACCAGACCGUGUGUGGCAGCAUUCGGAUUUGCUCUCGCCUUCAUUCAUGAAAUCAGAUUUUACAGACUUAAACAACAAAUUCACAACAGCUAAUCCAGUGCCGCAACAAAACUCAACCCUUCAAGGCUCUGGAGAUGGUAGCAAUCUCUUGAAUUUCUCUAUAACUGGUCAGUGUGUACAGGCUGAGCAAUCACCAACACAGGUUUGGUCUCUUAAACACUCUCAACCUGAAUCUAAUGAUUUUUCUGAGCCAUUGUCUCUUCGACAAGCCUAUGGUGGAACAAGUUCUUCUCUGGAACCUCCAAAUCCCAAUCCCCAAAACCUCUCCCUUUUUGGUGUUGAUUCGGACUCUGGACUGUUUCUUCCCACCACUGUCCCUCGUUUUGGUACUUUGGCAGCAGAUGCUGACACCUCCUCAAUGCCAUUAACGGAUUCUGGAUUUCAGAACUCUUUAUACGGGUCCAUGCAAGACACUCCCGAGUUAUUGCAUGGGGCUGGACAGAAUAAGAACUUUGUUAAGGUUUAUAAAUCUGGUUCGGUUGGGCGUUCACUCGACAUCUCUCGGUUUAGCAGCUAUCAUGAGCUGAGAGAAGAGUUGGGUAAAAUGUUUGAUAUCAAAGGGUUGUUGGAAGACGCCUUUAGAUCAGGCUGGCAGCUUGUAUUCGUGGACAAGGAGGAUGAUAUACUUCUUCUCGGCGAUGAUCCUUGGGAGUCCUUUGUGAAUAGCGUUUGGUACAUAAAGAUACUAUCGCCGGAAGAUGUGCAGAAAAUGGGCGAAGGCAGCAACGGAUCCUUUCCACAGAACUUGACCCAUUUCUAG